GUCUGUCUGUCUGUCUGUCUGUCUAUGUAUGAAGUGGGCGGGCUUGUACAGACAGGGAGGGCGUUGGUCUGACCUUUGGAUGCCACGGCGACAAUUACGUUGGGAAGGCGCUCGCUCGCUCACACGGUGAGACCAGACGACGCGAAGGAGGCCGACAAUUUCACGGGGGAAAGAUGGCUCUGGAUGCUGAGAGCAAGGAGCUGCUGUUGAAAACGCUGGAAGACCUGGGACAUGACGACUUCAAGAAGUUCAAGUUUCAUAUGCAUCUGCCUAAGAGAAAAGAAGAAAACGCAGACCGGACUGACAUCGCCGAAGAGCUGGUGAACAGGUACAGCAAGAACGCUGUGGCGGAGACCAUCAAGAUUCUGGAGAAGAUCAACAACUACGAACUGGCCGAGAAGCUGCGCAGCCACGUGCCGCAAAUCAAAGGUGUCACCCGUGCGCCCUCAGAUAACAUCUCCUUAGAGGUCCAGAUGGGCGAAUUCAAGCGGGAGCUGCAAGAGAACCUGCGAGCCAUGUACCGCAAGGCUCCCGAGGGCAACACAGAGCCCAGCCAGCAGGAGGCUCUGGAGAGCGUCUACACCAAGCUCCACAUUAGCCGCGGCGUCGCCGGUCUUCCCGACAAGCAGCGCAAGAUCCUUCACAUGGAGAUGCGCGGCGAAGACGAGGAGGAGGAGUCAAUCGAGCCGUGCGACAUCUUCAAAAGCGAGAAGCCCCUUCGUACCAUGGUCAGCGUGGGCUUCGCGGGCAUCGGGAAGACUUUCCUGGUGCGCAAGUUUGUCCUGGACUGGGCCAACGGGACAACCAACACAGACGUGGACUUCAUCUUUCCCUUGCCCUUCCGCGAGUUGAACUUGGAGGAGGAGGAAAGCUUUUCGCUGGCAGAGCUCAUCCAGCACUUCAUGUGCGACAGCAAGGAGGGCAUCGAGAGGCUGCAGCACAUCUUGGUCAGGCUGCAAGAUUUGGGCAAGCGCACCUACCAAAGCAGCAGCGUCAAGAUUUUGUUUGUACUGGAUGGCUUGGACGAGUGCCGCCUCAAACUGGACCUGAGCGACGAGCGCAAGGAGCGCCUGGAUGUGACCGGAGCGUACCCCGUGGAGGUCCUCCUGGCGCAUCUCAUCAAGGGGAACCUGCUUCCCUGCGCCCGGCUUUGGAUCACCACGCGGCCCCAGUCGGCCCGCGACAUCCCGCCGCGCCUGGUGGACGGCCGAACCGAGGUGAAUGGCUUCAGCCGCUCCCAGAGGCUGGACUACUUCAGGAAGAAGUUCCCCAAUGACGAGAAGGACGUCAUCAAGCACAUCCAAAAGUCCCGCAGCAUUUUCAUCAUGUGCCACAUGCCCAUCUUCUGCUGGCUCACCGCCACCGUUCUCCGAGAUUAUCGGCAGCACGGAAAGAAGCUGCCCGAAACCCUGACCGAGAUGUACACAGAGUUCCUACUCUAUCACCUGGGCAGGUCCGAGGAGCGAGGGGGCCAGAAGAGCACGGAGUACGUCAAAGCGCUGGCCAAGAUGGCUUUUCGGCAUCUCAUGAAAAAGCAACAGAUCUUCUACGAGCGCGACUUGCGGGAAAGCGGCUUGGAUGACCCGCAGGUCGCAAAACACUUGGGAGUCUUCACCGAGGUCUUCGAGGAGGUACUCCCGCUCAAGAAAUACCAACGCAGCAAGAUCUUUCAGUUCAUCCACCUGAGCAUCCAGGAAUAUCUGGCCGCUCUCUACGUGAUGAUGAGCCUGUUCCAGGACAACAAGAACGUGCUGGGAGAGCUCCCGAUGCAUUGCGAGCAGACGUCGCUCGUCCGGGUCCACGAGGCGGCCAUCCGCAAAGCCUCAGAAAGUGAGGGAAACCUGGACUUGUUCCUCCGCUUCUUGGUGGGCCUUUCCUUGCAGUGCAACCAGGAGCUUAUUGGCGAGCUGCUGAAGGCUCCCAAGAACUUCAGCCACAGCAACGCAGAAACAGUCCGCUUGAUCGAGCAACAGAUAGAUAAGAACUCUCCUGAGGAGAACAUCAACUUGUUCUACUGCCUGAAAGAGCUGAAGGACGAGUCCCUGCUGAAGCAAAUCCAAAGACAAGCGCAGAUCUGCGGUGAGAACGUACCUCCGGCCAUGUGGUCGGCCCUGGUCUUCUUCUUGCGGGCUUCCGACGAAGCCAUGAGCUGCUUCGACCUCUGGAAAUACGCUCCGUCUGAGAAGGGGCUCCUGAUGCUGCUGCCGGUGGUCAAGGCUUCUCGAAAAUCACAGCUCCGGCACUGCAACCUGAGCAAGAAAAGCUGCGAGGCGCUGGCCUCCGUUCUAAGCUCGCCCUGCAGCCUGAGGGAGCUGGAUCUCAGCCACAACGACUUGCGUGACGACGGGCUGGAGGCGCUCGCCGCCGGACUGGCAAAGCCGCAGUGCGCCUUGCAAGUCCUCUGCCGGCCGCCCUCUUGUCUUCUUAGGCUCCAGUACUGCAAGCUGAGCAAGAAAAGCUGGGAGGCGCUGGCCUCCGUUCUAAGCUCGCCCUGCAGCCUGGGAGAGCUGGAUCUCAGCAACAACGACUUGUGUGACGACGGGCUGGAGGCGCUCGCCGCCGGACUGGCAAAGCCGCACUGCACCUUGCAAGUCCUCAAGCUCAGUAGCUGCAAGCUGAGCAAGAAAAGCUGCGAGGCACUGGCCUCCGUUCUAAGCUUGCCUUGCAGCCUGAGGAAGCUGGAUCUCACCUGGAACGACUUGUGUGACGACGGGCUGGAGGCGCUCGCCGCCGGACUGGCAAAGCCGGAGUGCACCUUGCAAGUCCUCAGGCUCCAGUACUGCAAGCUGAGCAAGAAAAGCUGCGAGGCGCUGGCCAAGGCUCUCCGGUCCAACCCCUCCCACCUCCAAAACCUGAACUUGUGGGCCAAUGACAUCAAAGAGGAAGAAAGGCAGGUCUUGGCAGAGGUCCAAAAGGAUCCUCGCUGCAGUGUGAAGCUCGAGUGGUAGGUUCCAAACAUCUUCCAGGGCGCUCGCUCGCUCGUCUGAAUGGACCGGCGACACUUGUGCGUUGAAGAAAAUGGGUAGCUACAAAGACAGAUGUGCUUACAGCUCAUGGACUAAAGCACCUAAAGUCACACCAGAAAGAAACAUUUGAAGCAUCUCAUUCUAGCUAGUACACACCAAAUCAAUAACGGCGACAGAAGUAGAUAUUUUUAGACGAGAUGUGAUGGACUAUGUGGUCAUGAGAAAUGUUUUGAGAAUAACUUGAUGAUCUGAUGAUAUUUGUAUUUGUUGUGCACUUUGAAAUAACAAAUGUUGCCUUAAUGAA